UUCAACAUAUUUACACUCAUUUUAUUUAAAUUUAUUAAAAACCGGCUGUAAAUUGCAGUUUAAAAGAAAUCCAGUUAUUCUGAGUGUUUUCUUUAGUACAAAAUUAAGGUGUCAUUAAUUAUCCAGUAAAACUUGUGGGUGGAAAGUUUAUUUUUAUUAAAAAGAAACAAAUCUAUCUAAAUUAUGAAUAACGAAGAAAAUAAAAUUUUGUCUCAUAGACAGCACGUUAAAUAUUUCAUGAGAUUUUUAAAUGUGCUACCAUCAUCUCUCUCAUCUCAUGAUACUACCAGGGUAACCAUAGCAUAUUUCUCCGUAUCAGGACUAGAUGUUCUUGGAUCAAUUUCUUCUAUAUCAAUAGAUCUGCAGACUAGGAUAAUCGACUGGCUGUAUAGACUACAGGUCCAUCCAAAUAAAGAGAAUGGUGAUAUGUCAGCAUGCGGUUUCCAGGGUUCCUCUACGGUUAAUAUAAGGUUUAAUACCGAGGAGAAUAACUAUCGUUGUGGUCAUUUGGCUAUGACUUAUACUGGAUUGUGUAUUCUGUUGGCAUUGGGGGAUGACCUCUCGAGACUUAAUAGGAAAGCUUUAAUAGAAGGCGUAAAAGCACUACAGACCGAGGAAGGAAACUUCUCAGCGACACUAUCUGGAUGUGAAUCAGACAUGCGGUUUGUUUAUUGUGCCGCUUGCAUUAGCUACAUGCUCAACGAUUGGUCUGGAUUCAAUAUAAAGACUGCUACAGACUACAUAAUAAAAUCUAUAGGUUACGACUACGGAAUCGCACAGUGUCCGGAACUGGAGUCCCACGGCGGUACAACCUUCUGUGCACUGGCAACACUAAGUUUAACUAACCAAUUGGAUAAACUAACGGUCGACCAGAUAGAGGGCCUAAAACGCUGGCUUCUUUAUAGACAAAUAGACGGUUUCCAGGGUCGGCCAAACAAACCUGUCGAUACGUGUUACAGUUUUUGGGUUGGCGCCUCUUUGAAAAUGCUUGAUGCCUUACAUUUGACGAACUACCCUAAUAAUAGAAGUUACGUGUACGAAACUCAGGAUUCCGUUGUAGGCGGUUUCUCAAAAUGGCCGGACACUUGUACAGAUCCAAUGCACACGUAUCUAGGUUUAGCCGGGCUUAGUUUAAUAGGUGAGAACGGUUUGCUGGACAUCGUGCCAACUUUAAACAUCACCAAAAGGGCGCACGACCAUUUGAAAACGUUGCACGAAAAAUGGGCGAGUGAGUCAUAGCUUAAAGUCAAUUAAUAGUCUGUGAUCACAGAUUAUAAACGUGUUGUUGCCAUUUAAAAAUUAUAAGUUAAGUUGUUUGGCCUUGAAAAUUUAAAAUGAAAACAGUUGUGUGAUUAUAGUUCGUAAAUUUUUUUCGCGAUUUACCUUUAAUAAGGCUUGUGGUCAAAUCUUCGACUUUUUCGUGGAGCCUUUAAUGCUUAAUUUUCAUGUUUUGAUUUAAUUAUUCCUCUAUCUUCAAAGGAUCCCAAUACAGUUAAAAUUGGUCUUUUAAUCUGCAAAAGAUUUAGAUUUGCUUCAUUCUUUUUUCCUACUUUUCUCUAGGUAAUGAAUAUACAUAUGUUUCAUUAACUUGUUAGUUCUGUAUCUAUUGAUAAUUUUUCGUAUUUUUUUUUAGAAGAAAAUCUUCAAUAUUUCAGCUAACAACUUUUCAGCUUUUUAUCGGUACCUUUGCCUUUUUUUUAAAAUCAAUAUUUAUCAACAUCUUUUAUUCACAUUAGUUUUAUUAUCCAUUUAUGUUGACCGAAAUUUUAUACCAACUGAGAGAUGCCCAUUGGCUGGAUAUAAAUCUUUUUUUAGGGAUUUCUAAAUUACACAUUACAUAUUGUUCCGCCUGGGUUAACGGCUCCCUGGGACUCGUUUUACUCGUUGAGCAAUGUCGGUAAUUGUAUUUUUUUUAAUUUAGUUUCUAUUUGAUCACGUGAGUUAAGCCUAUAGGUAUAUUGCCAAAAAAAUAUACGAAUUAAUUAUGGUGCUAAGUAGUCUAUGUAAACAUCUGCCGAAUCUAAAACUAAAUCAACAGAUCUAAAAGAAUUCAUCCUUUUUAAAACGCUAUCUGUGGAAAGGUAUAGAUAUAUUUCAGACCUUUUAAUUUAGUUUAUUUCAGAGAUCUGUAGCACCAGUAUUUUAUUUUCUAAUCGAUAGAAUCGCCGCCGAUAUAUUUUUGAAUUGCAAUCGUUUAUCCAAAUGUUAGUACUUAAAACAAUUUUAUGAAUAACCGGUGCUAAAUGUAAGCUUUAGGCCUUCGCACCCCAUAUCGGCUCAACACGAACUCAACUCAAAAUAAAUCAUUGAAAUUGGGGCUUUAUUACAUAUGUAAAUAUAUAUGCCCUAUAGUAAACCUUUAAAAAUUAUUGUGAUAAAAGUCUAUGACGAGUGGACCGCGCGUUGCUCACACCUUAAUUUAAGCAACUCAUGUAUUUUUUUUUUUU